CGCUUCGCCUGCCCAGAGCAUUUUUGUGACCAUGAUUUCGCCUGGUGGACCAGUGAACUUGGGUGCAAGCACUAGCGGCACCAGUGGGAAAGGCCCUCGAGUUCACUGGUCCGAGGCGGAAACAUGGUCACUAAUCCGACUCUGGGAGGACAACAUCGGCGAACUCCGGCGUCAAAGGAGGAACGCCGGAGUUUACGAGACCAUACGCCUCGGUCUGGAGAGGCUGUCCAUCGACAAGACACGGAAACAAGUGAGCGAUAAGAUCGACAACCUCAACCAGACAUACAGGACGAAGAAAAAAAACCAGACAACUGGAUCUGGGAAGGUGACCUGGCCCUACUUUUAUGAUCUGCAUAGAUUCCUUGGGGGCCUGCCGGUGAACGACCCAAGCUUAGUGGACGACUCACUACCUGGAGAUGCUUUGCAGGAACCUGAAGACAUCUCUCCUGAGGAGUCACAGGAGACGGUGGAUCCUCCUGAAGAACUUGCAGUGGAACCACAACAGAAAAAAAAAAAAAAGUCUUCCUGCAAACAGGCAGACCUCGUCAUGUUGGUCCUCGAGGAGCAGAGGGCGCAGAGACAAGAACUUCGAGAAGCGAGGGAAAGAACUCACAGGGACCGGCAGCGCCAGUUUGCGAUCAUGCAGGAAUCGAAUGACCUGCAGCGAGAGUUUCUCCAGUUCCUAAAAUCGAAAGCUCAAAAGUAAAAAAGUAAAUGCUAAGAAAUAGCCUCCUUUGUAUUUGAGUUUGGGUUCCA